AUGAAGGACAGUUCCAUAGCCGCUGUGUUUAAUGACACUAGAACUGGUCGUUUGGUGGUUUGUCUCAAGAAUGAUAGAACUGCUGUAGGCUCCUUGGGCGUGUGGGUUGGGGAUAAUCCAUUCGACUUUGUGAUGCCUAUCACGUUGUGCCAAGUCAUAUUACUCGUUUUACUCUCAAAAGGGUUGCAUUAUAUCCUCAGGCCAAUACAUACUCCCAAGUUCAUCUGCUCUAUCAUCGCUGGAGUUCUGCUGGGGCCAACAUGCUUAGGGAACAUUAACGAAUUGAUGCUGGGGGCUAUGUUUCCGCAAAAACAAUCUUUGGUUUUGAAUACGUUGGCCAAAAUAGGCACUAUUUAUUGUGUGUUUCUCACAACUCUGAAAAUGGACGUAACGACAACAUUAAAAGCAGCAAAAAGAUGUUGGCAAUUCGGCGUGUUUCCCUUCUUCGCUUCUUUCUUCGUCACAGCGACCUUGUUGUCUUCGUAUUCGCCCAAUGGCGCUGAUAUACACAGAAAACAAUUGUCUUUAUACAACUUCCCCAACGUCUUCACCCUAAGUAGUUUCGCUGUUAUAUCAGAAAGCCUGUUGGAACUCAACCUCAUGGCCACGGAACUGGGCCAAAUCGCUUUGUCUUCAGCCAUGAUCAGCGAGUUAUUGCAAUGGAUUACGAUGGAACUCCAGUUCAACACAAACUUGAGCAUAGACUUUUUUCUUGUCUUCUUGACGGGUGCAUGCGGAUUCGGUGUGUUGUGUCUUCUUAUUGUGAAGCCACUGGUGAACAUUGUUGUUGAGAGAACACUACCGGGGAAACCAAUGAAAGAAGCAUACGCUGUGUUGAUACUUCUGGGGCCACUUGUUAUGGCAGCUAUUAGCGACAGCUUUGGGAUAUUCUUCGUUAUGGGACCUCUCCUCUAUGGUUUUGUUCUUCCCAAUGGACCCCCCGUGGCUACAACAAUUAUAGAGAGGAGUGAAUUGAUAGUCUCUGAGUUUUUUAUGCCUUUCUUCUUCUUAUUUGUUGGCAAAAGAACAAAGUUGACUGGAAUUCAUGGCCAUUGGAAGGUGGCUCUCACAGUUCAGGCUAUCUUAUUUCUGGGAUGCGUGGUCAAGGUGAUCGCAUGUGCCAUUAUUUCUCCCACGUAUAAAAUUAAGCCCAAACAUGGCGUCGUGCUUGGCCUCAUUUUGAACGUCAAGGGUAUAGUGGAACUCAUUUUUUACAGUAGAAUGAACAAACUCGGGGUAAUUGAUACAGAAGUAUACUCUGUAGCGGUGAUGUAUGUGGUGAUGAUCACAUCACUUUGCAUACCCUUGAUCAAAACCCUGUACAGGCACCGUCGCGUGUGCAUAACGCCGAGCAUACAAGAAGGGCGUGUGAGAACAAUUCAAAACUUCAACGGAAACACAGAAUUCAACAUCGUUCCGUGCGUGCACACGGAUCAGCAUGUGCGCAGCAUGAUUGCCCUAAUAGAGGCAUGCAACCCAACCACGGAAAGCCCCAUCAAGGUCUACGCGGUCCAUCUCAUUGAGCUCUUCGGCAAAAGCACACCCUUUCUUCUUCCCAUGACCAGGAGCAACAGAAAAACUUUUUCCGUCAACUACCCAAACACCACCCACAUCUUGCGUGCCUAUGAGAACUACACCAACAACUCAAGUGGUCCUGUAAAUGUUCGUCCAUACAUCAACGUUGCCCCAUACAGAAACAUGCACGAAGCAGUUUGUAACCUCGCGGAAGAUAACUCUGUGCAUCUCCUCCUUAUUCCGUUUCACCUAAAUGAUCAGAGUCUUGCAAGCCACGUGGCCAUCAGCAUGCGCGAGCUCAACGCAAAUUUUGUUGCUAACUCAUGGGGCACGUUGGGGAUUCUUGUGGAUAGAUUCUCCGUGCUGAGUGGGAGUAGCUCCAACUUGUCUUUUCAUGUGGGUGUCUUCUUCAUCGGCGGAAAAGACGAUAGAGAAGCAUUGGCGUUGGGAAUUCGAAUGUUGGAACGCGCCAACACGCGAGUGACCUUGUUCCGGUUUGUUUUUCCAACCAAAGGAGAUUCCAGGUUUGGGAUAUAUGGAUUUGUGGGAAAUGAAGAGGAUACGUUAGAGAGAACGUUGGACGAGAGUUUAAUAGAUGAGUUUACUGCCAAGAAUGAUUAUAGCAGUGAUGUGAUUAAAGUUGUUUACCAUCCGGUUGUGGUUGAAGAUUGCAUACAAGUGUUGGAAGCUAUUCGGGGAAUGGAGAGCGACUAUGACCUUGUGAUGGUGGGGAAGCGACAUAGCAUGGGGGAUUUUAGGGAAGAAGAAAUGUCAACUUUCAUGGACAAUUCGGAUCAGUUGGGAAUUGUGGGGGAUAUGUUGGCAUCCAGUGAGUUUUGUCAUGGAAAAGCUCCUGUCUUGGUGAUGCAAUGUGGUGAGAGGAGGGUAAAACAACUAGAAAAGCUACGCCAUGGUCACGUCUCCCUUUAA